AUGGUGCAUAGUCUCUCCGAAGGUCUUCAAAAUGAGGCUGUCUGCCACGCAAUUUUUGAUGUUCUUUCCGAUGCAGAUCUGUUUCUGGACACUAGUUUCUACUUUCACCAUUUCCGGAUUUUUCAAAAAAUUUAUAAAUUAGCAAUAGCGAAGGCAAAAGAGCAGCGUAAAUUUAAAGCUGUCCACCAACUGCUAAUUGCUAAAGCUUUUGGUGAAAUAAUCUGGUAUGAUGGAGCUACAUUGGCAUUACUAAAAGAGGCCGAAGAAAUAGAGAAGCAAAAUCCUCUCCUUCCUUCAGAAGUUGUUAUGGGAAAACGAAUGUGUUACCAUGGUAUUCACUUGCUAAGUCAUAAAGCGGCAGCUAAAGGAGGCAAAAUGAUUGAAACAGGGGUAUCUCUGUUGAGUUCUGAAAAUACUGUACUUAAGGUUUUAUGCUCCCAGAUUCUUGCUUUGAUUACUCCUCACGCAGAAAAGUUUUCCUACUAUCGGAACAUUGUUUUAACUGAAUGCGCUGACAGACCAUCCUUGUAUGCUUUCUUCAAAGCUAUACAAGGAGUUGAUUGCGCUGACGAGAAAAAGGAUGAAAAUCCAAAAGCUUCAAGUCAACCACUCAUUUUGCCGCUUGCUCUUCUCAUCAACCACAUUGUGGAAUGCUACGACAUGAAGGAGGUAAUGUUUAAACUUGGUUUGCCCGUCUCCAUGUUACUGAAAAAAGUCGAAGCCGAGGCACUGAACGACCGUCUAUACUUGCCACUACUCUUCCUGGUUGAAAGCACCCUGGCAGAAGUUAAAAUAAAGCAAGAGAGUCCAGCAGAGCUGCAGGUCGCUCUUAAUAUUUUUAUAGGAGGAUAUGGUCGGCUAAACCCGGAUACAGCCGCAAGGUACUAUAACAUUGGAUUGAUUUUAUGCAGACAGAAGAAUUAUGACGCUGCUUCGACUUGUCAUUACGAAGCACUAGACAUCAGACUGACGCUUUAUGGGCUCAACCAUGCAGAUACUGCUGAGAGCUAUUACCAGAUUGGAUAUACCCAACUUGGAAAAAGAGAUUACGAGUCAGCAUUGCAAUCGUUCGAGAAAGCACUUGAUAUCAGAAAAAAUAUUCACGGGAAAACCCACCCAGACGUUUCCACCGCUUGUCAUCAGGUUGGAUUCACAAAGUGUUGCUUGAAAGAUUACGAUUUAGCUGUGCAUUGGUUGCAGCAAGCCCUGGAUAUUAGGGUGGCGCUGUAUGGAAAGGAGCACCCAGCCUCUGCUGAGAGCUACUUCAGCAUUGCAGAAUGUGAGUGCGAAAUGCAAGAUUAUGAUUCUGCUUUGGAGUCAUGUCGACAGUCACUUGGGAUCAGGUUAAAGCUCUUUGGACAGGAGAAUGAAGCUACAAGCGAAAGUUAUGACCAACUGGAAUUGAUACGAAGUCUAAAGAAAGUUUGCGAAUCAUCUCUCGAGCUACAGAGCGAAAAUUCUUGA